AUGAAUGGAAAAGGUGGCUUGGAAGAUGGUAAAUUUCCAAUCCAUAAAUUGAUACCGAAGGAUAUUGUGAAUCAGGUAGAUCUUUUUCAUUUUUUUUAUAGACUGUCUCAAGGGCUUCAAAAAGUUUGAGCUUAUGUUCAAAUUUGCGAUUUCAUCCGACUACUUUCUAGGCCGCACGGAUUGUUGAAUAUCUUGGCGUCCCCUGCAAAGGGCGAGCUAUAAUUUCCAGGAAUUGAUGUGUGAUCUAUGCCUAAAAUAUAUGCAAAAUUUAAAGGGAAUCCGAGCGUCGCACUUGGAGUACUUACCUUUUGAGUUACGCCAGGGAUGUUUUAGUUGAAAAAAAGAAAAAGGGAUGAUUGAAGACGGAAGUUAAAAGAUUUUCGUUUGUAGAUUCUUGUACGACCUUGUUAGAGCUGUAGUUUUUGAUGAAAUUUAAGCAAAAUUUUGAGGAAAAUUUUAGAAGGCCUAUACCAGAACUUUAGCUCAUGCUUUGCAGAAAGAAUUGAGAUUUUCGUCCGAAAAUUGGCUUUUUUUGCGAUUUUUGACGUGAAAAAUUUCACACCUCUUUCGACCGUAAGAGGUGAUGUUUCCACAAAAAAUCAUUUUUUCCCCGCGAAACUGGCAAAGGCAUGGCCAAAUUGUGAUUUUCUCAUUGACCGCUCUCCGCAUUUCGCAUUCUCUCUUGGCCGCAAAGAUCGUUCAAUUUCUCAUGGCCGCUGCAAAGCGCGAGCUAAAAUUUUCAAGAAUUGAUAAUACAUUCCAUGCUCAGCCUCUGUGCUGAAUUUCAAGAAAAUAUAAGCAUUUUGAACACUUCCAUUUCCAGCCGAAAUUCCUCCAAAAACACCCGGAAUUCGAUGGCCGAGGCACUGUUAUCGCGAUUCUUGACACCGGCGUUGACUUGGCCUGUCCUGGGCUGCAAGUCACGUCAACUGGAGCGCCCAAAAUAAUCGAUGCGGUGAAUUUCACCGGGUCUGGCGACGUGAUUACAACCGAAAUACGCAAGCCAAACGAAAGGAAUGAGGUGAUUGGGUUGACUGGGAGAACUUUGAAGGUAAAAUACAAAGUCACAAGCUUAUGCUUUGCUCAGAUUCCGACCUCCUGGAAAAACCCAUCAAAUGAGUAUCGUCUUGGGCUCAAAAGAGUGUACGAACUAUACCCGGAGGAUCUCCGAAGUCGCGUAAAACAUGAAAAAAACAAAAAAUUUAACGAGAAAACUGAAAAAUUGAUCGCCCAAGUGUUGAACCGAAAAAAUCAGCAUCUCGAAGAGUUUGGGAAUACGACAAAUAGCGUUGAGGAGCAAUGGAGACGAGAAGAUUUGCGCAGUCAAAUGGAUAUUUUGGGCGGGUCCAGCGUCAAUGAUGAUGACGGGCCAGUUUUGGAUUGCAUUGUUUGGCAUGAUGGAGAGGAGUGGAGGUAGUUAACAGCGUCAAGCACAAAUUAAAUUCAGUGGCCUUUUAUGCUUAUAUUUUGUUCUUUGAACUAUUUAGGGCCGUACUUUCUGAAAAGGUGACAUUUUAUACGGUGAAAUGUUUUGUCGUAUAAAAUGUCGCAAUAGUGAGAUUUUGAAAAAUCGAAUGGUCUAUUAGUAGAAUCAUAACGCGUUUCAGCGCGUUUACAUCUUUUUCAUCAGCCAAGAAGGCCGCUUCUUGAAAAGGCGACAUUUUAUACAAUAAAAUGCUUCAUCGUAUAAAAUGUCUCCUUGGCAAUAUUAAUCCUAAAGUAUUGAAACCUCGUUAAAGCAAAAAGUUUAACAUUUUGAUUAUUCGGAACAUGCUUAGACGACCUGACAUUUUAUACGACAAAAAAAGUUUUCUAUGUAUUUUCUUGUAUAAAAUGUCUCCAUUGCCAUUCUGUUAGAAAUGGUAUACAACCAGCUAAUUCUAGGGCGUGUCUGGACAACACAUUUCAAGGCGACUUAUUUAAGUGUUCGCCGAUGACGGACUACAGGAAGGAACGGCAAUGGGGAUUCUUAACGCCGGAAGGUAAACUUUUGAAAUUUCUGCUUGUUUCACCUACGGCAAUUUUGCAUUGCUCUGAUAACCCCACAUUCUCUCAAACCCUAAAAUCUUUGCAGACGGUCUAAGCUACUGCUUGGCGAUUCGAAAUAACGGAGAAAUUCUCGAAAUUACCACGCCCUCCGGAGGCCAUGGAACGCAUUGUGCGCAUAUCGCUGCAGCCUAUUAUCCGGAGUCUCCGAAGGCGGGAGGAGUUGCGCCGGGCGCCCAAAUUGUCUCGAUUUGUGUUGGUGAUCAUCGAAUGGGCGGCUACGGCUCGAUGUUGGCGUUCUGUAGAGCUGUGAGGCUUCAAAAAGCAUUAAAAUUUUAUGAUUUUUUACAGCUCCACUACUGCGUUGAGAUUGGAGUAGACAUAAUCAACUACUCCUAUGGUAGUGUUCACCGUAUGAUCUCCAAUUCCGUGGCUGUGGGACUUCUGAAUCGACUGGUGGGCCAACAUGGGAUCCCGUUUUUUACGUCCGCCGGCAACGAAGGCCCCAUUCUGACGAGUAUGAGCGACCCCGGCGCGCAAACCCCACUGGUCCUGUGUGUGGGGGCGAUUUUGCCGGAGGGCACGGACAUGCUGUUGUAUGGGGACAGUGAGGAGAGACCGACGAGGGUCUUUGAGUUCUCGUCCAGAGGACCAACGUGAGUUGAAUACACCUGAUUUGCAAAGGAAAUAUUCGAAGUCCUAGAGCAUAAUAUGGCGAAUAUGAGUAUGGUUUUCGACACGCACUUUAUUAACUAUAGACAAGUUUAUUUUUAUGAAAAAAAAAUUAGCAAAAACGCGAAGUUUAACUAACAAAAAAACGCGCCAAUGAAAACGCCGGAUAAUUAUGCGUCAACCUAAUAUCAGUCUGUCGGGAAAAUAAUGAGCACAAUGUCCAACGUUUUUUAGUUCCGAAGGCCGUCUUGGCCUCAGUUUCUCGGCCCCAGGCACUGCAUGUGCCGGCCUUCCCUUCUACACUCAGACGUUGGCGGAACGCGAGGACGGCACGUCCAUGGCCUCUCCGCACGCGGUGGGUUGCGCUGCGUGCAUCAUCAGUGGCGCUAAGGCCCUUAACAUCCCGUACUCUCCAUACAAACUCCGCUUAGCUUUGGAGAACACAGCGAAAAUCCCAGCAAGCCCCAGUUUAACAAAACUGGAUUAUGGCCACGGAAUUAUCGACGUUGAUGGAGCGUUUGAGGCUCUGCAGAAGAUGGACAACCUUUCAAAUUCUUUGGCUGACAUUUCGGUUCGAGUCUUCUACGACUCGACCGGAGGAAGUAAACAUGAAGAGCGAGGUGUCUACAUUAGAGAUGCCUAUCAACUGGAGAAUGCCAGCGACUACACUGUGUUGUUGGAACCGUACUUUCGAGAGGAUAAGGGUGGGUUUAAAGGCUCAUCUCUCUGUUGGUUUAACGGGAAAAUAAUAAGCGGAAUUACGUAUCGCAUCGCCGCCGAAGAAAUGAAUUGUAUCGCGGUAAAAUCAAAUUGCUUUUCACGACGCGAUUGGCGCGACGCUCACUAUUUUCCCCAAGAGACUGAUACUUAUAGUAGAAAAAAAAUUUUGAGAUUUUCAAAUUUCAGCCGACAACGCGACACUGCACAACUUCAAUAUCCCUGUCCGUCUUUCUUCUGCCGACUCAUACGUUAGCUACCCUAAAAACAUCUACCUCACCAAUAACGAGACUCUAUUCCAACUGAAAGUGGAUCACUCAAACCUAGAAGCUGGGAAAGUCUACUUCACCGAGGUUGUUGGUCAUGACGCUUCCGCCGAACCCUCGGCCGGCCCGAUUUUUCGCGUUCCAAUCACCGUAAUCAAGCCGCUAAAGACGAGUGAAAACAGUCUGAGAAAAGUGCUGACGUUGGUUGCCGGCCAGCCAGAGAGGGUGUUUUUGCGAUGCCCGACGGAUGCGACAAAAGUUGCGGUUACGCUAAGAUCGUUGAAUAAGAACUCGGCCGACUUAAUCUUCUGUCAGUUCGCGGAGAAAGUAGCUUCGGGAAAAUAUGCAAUUGUAAGUGGAAACGGGGAAAAUAACUUGCCAUAUUCAUCGUUGCUAUUUAUUUGCUGACUGUUCUAGCCUUACAAACUGGAGCCCAACUUCGAGCAAACCUUCUAUGCAGACGUCCGCGACAGAAGCUCCUUCGAGUUCUGCGCUGUUCUGGAUCUACACAACUUUGAUCGCGAAACACGGAUCGAGGUCGACUUCCGGUUCUCCGGCUGCUAUCUGCAUGCCUUUGAAAUGGUAAACACCAUCUAGCGGCAUAAAGAUAAUGUCAGCGUCGUGCCAAACUUUGCUUAUUAAAAUAUCACAAUCCGUUAUUUAGCAAUCCGCCGCAGCCGUUGGAGAGAUCUCAUUGUUCAACGCGUUGACUUACGACGCGAUCCGACCAAGAAUGGGUUUUAGCGAAGCUGCAACCUAUAUACGACCAGUCUCGGCGAAAAUUGAAGCCGCGAAUGACAGAGUGAAGUUUAUGCAUGGUGCUGAGGCGUACACCCUUACCUUGACUUACAAAGUUCAAGUCGUUGAAGAAGGAAGCGUUUACUUUGGGUUUCUUGGAAUGGACGGAGAUUUUCAGAGUCAUGUGGAGAGCCUGCAAGUCAUGGUGUUCUUUGAUCAAUGUCUGGUGGAGCCGAAACAAGUAAGACAGCACGUAACCUCUCCCGAUUAAGCCUUUCUUCCUGUGUAAACGACCCUUUUAGGGAGAUCACUACCUCCAGCCCGGCGAAUACCGACUUGUGGCCCAAGUCCGUCACAAAGAUCAGUUGUUUCUCCGCAAGCUGAAAACAGCAACCAUGGAGUGCCGCCGGCGGAUUCCCUACACCGACGUCAAACUUAGCGAAACGUACGAGGGCGCGCUGAAAUACGGCGACCAGUUGGAGUACCUUCCAUUGCGACCAGGACAAACGCGAAAACUUUAUUAUGACGGAACCUUUGUUUAUAAACUUCCAAAAUGGCUGCAGCCGGGCGACUGCGUUUUUGGAUACAUUUACAUUUACGAAAAAGACUUGAAUCGCAAUGUGACUCUGAAAAUCAAUGGACCAAUCAUCGAUCCGACAGAAGAAACCGACAACGAGAUGAUUGCUCUCGUAGCGGAGGAGGGAGACAAAAAAAGUGACGAAGAGGGUUUGAAAGGUAAGUCGGAUGCAAUACCAUGCAUUUUUAUGAAAACUAUUUUUCAAUUCAUAAGGGAAGUAGUACUCCAAGUGCGACGCUCAGAUUUUUCUAAGCCGCAUCAAUUAGCUUUCAGCCCACUUUUUGCAGAGGCAACUGAGAUGGUCAACGACCUCUGCGGGCAGAAGUCAGUAAAACCUGAGCGUUGCACUUGA